GCUCGACAAAGGAAAAAAUAAAGCCAGCGUCAGAGCAUCGGCGCAGCACCGAGAACGACUCGAAAACAAAACAGAGAAACAAACACACGCCGACUCCACACAGAGCAUUGCAAUCGCACUGGCGUCCGCGCACUAUAACACGGUAGGCUUUUUCUUCUGAUAACUUUAUGAAUCCAUGUUUGGACGUGUGGCAACUUAGACACGUGACCGAGGCAAACGCGCUGCUCGGGUAAUACUUCAUCGUUGAUUUUGUUUACAGUCUCAACUCUGUUAAAAACAACGCAAACUGCAGGAUCGCGUUCACUUUAAUCAUUACUGUUGAGUUAAGAAAGCGCGAUACGCGUUAACGUGCACACAAGAACCACACAAACAAUAAGGCCUAUCUAAAAAAACAAGCGUCUUAAUAAAACAAAUACAUUCCGUGCAUUUAAAACCACGCCGUUUCAAAUUCCACACAAUGUCCGAUAACAGCAAUGUGAACAACUGGACCGACGAGGAAACGCGUCUUCUCAUCUCAAUCUGGAGCCAGGAACAGGCGCAGCGGACUGAUGUGAGUGACCUGGGCAAAAAAACGCACAUGUUCCGGGAGAUCGCUGCGAAAAUGUUGGAAAACAGUUUCCAAAGAAGUGAAAAUCAGUGCCGGAGUCGAAUUCAUGUUCUGAAGCGCAAGUACUUGCAGUGCCGAGCGAACCAAAGCACCGGAAAGGACAGCCGCCAGUGCUCGUACUACGAGGAGCUCGACGCUGUGUUUGCGAGCAGCCCGGUGACGUCACCGCUGCAGCUCCCAGGUAUUCCUUCAGGGUUAGACAGCGGCGCGGUGCAGAAAACUGAAACCCCCUCCGACUCCGCAACCGACGAAGCGAAGCCAGGACCUAGCGAGUUCAACGCACAAAGUAUCCUCCUGCUCCUGCUGUUCAUCAGACAGCACUGGGACCUGUACAGAGCCAACCACCGCAGCCUGCUGUUUCAAACGGUCCAUCGGGAGUUCCAAGCGUCCGGGUACGAGAUCUCCUGCGAGAAACUGAAGAAGAAGUGGAACAAUCUGCUGGUCACGUACAAGCGUGCGAAGGAGCGAUGCAAAGGAAACGGAAAAGCCAAGAUCGCGUGGGAAUACUAUGAGCUGAUGGACAGCAUCCUAACAGAGAGGCCCUCCCCUCCACCUGCAGGACAAAAUGGGACAUCUGUUCAAGAGGUUUCAGGGGACACGUCCACAAGGGGGACAGCACAGCCCUCCUCGCAAGAGCAAGGCACACCAGCACAUGGAGUAAGUGAUGAGAUUGUAAAGCCCGUGGGUACAGACGACACAUCAGCGACAGUCCAGACAGCAUCACUAGAAGGAGCUGCGAGCCUCAAAGGAGCCCCGCUGGUGGCGAGUGAAAAAAUACUCGUGUUUCAACGCAUGUAUAAAGAGGAAGCGGCCGCAGAGUUCAGCACACAGACCACCCUUCUGCUCAUACAGUGCGUGUCCCGGCACUGGGACCUGUACAGUGCUAAUAAUCGCAGCCAGCUGUUCCACACGGUCAGCAAAGAGCUCCAGCUCCACGGGAUCCAGCUGUCCAGCGAGAAGCUGAGAAAGAAGUGGAAUAACCUGAUCGUCACGUACAAGCGAGCCAAAGAGAGGAGCGAGAUCGCAGGCAAGCCCAGGACUACAUGGGAGUACUUCCAGUUGAUGGACAACCUGUUCAGUAAGAAAGGGAUCCCUCCCCCUCCAGCCGCUCCCAUCAGCACAACCUGCCUGUUCCCAACUCCUCUAAAACUAGAGACCGCUGCUCCCACUGCAACCCCCCUGCAGCCUGCAUUGUCUCUCCCGUCCUCUUCAGUCAUCCUGCUUCCCAUUUCCACUCCCAGCUCCUUUGCCCUUCCUCAGACUCGUCCAGUGAUAAGUGUUCAAACCCCAUGGCCGUCCCAAAGCACAGUCCUGACCCCGGCUCCCUCUCUGGGCCCCACAGUCCCGGCCGUUUCCAGGAUCCAGCAGUCGCCACCAAAAAAGAGGGUGAAAAAAGCCGCCGUGAACGUGGCCGCUGCUUUCGUGACGCAGCAGACGGAGCAGGUGAGGGAGCACUCCAAAAUGCUGGAAAGCUUAAUGGAGAUGCAUGAAAGCAAAACGAAGGGGGCUGAACAGAGGAAGAGGAGGUGUGAGCAAAGGGAGAAGAGGAGAGAACGGAGGGAGAUUGCGAUGUUAAGAGCGCUGAAUCAGAUCUCCUCCAAGCAGGAUCGUGUCAUUCAGCUUCUUCAGAAGCUUGCUGAGAAGCCGUGAUCUUUGUGUUCUCCGCCCCAGGAGAGCGGAGGCUGUUACAAACCCUGUGCUGCAGCGAUGUCUUCAAACGCUCCGAUCUCAUUAACCACGGGAGACGGUGCGAUCAAACCCCCUGAACUCACACAGUUCAACUGUGGCUCACGGACAUACAAAUGAACCCUUUUGUGGAAGCAGCUUUGCAAAGCAGACACUCUGUGAAAGACUCCAUCUCAAACCAUGCGAGGCGGUGACCGCAUGCAGCAAUGUUUUGUUUUUGUUCAUAACACCAAUUAACCCUUUGUUUGUUUGUGCCCAACAAUUAAGAUUCUUGCCUGUGUUUUUUUUUGCUUCAUGUUAAAGCAGUGUGUCAAUUAAAAAAAAAAACAGUUGUGAAAAUCUCUACAGAUUUGAGAAGUGUAUCAAUAUGACCAUUGUGGUGUUACUUUAGACAGAGAAGCAGUAAUAAAAGUGACGCACUGCCCUGCUCAGCAUCGUUUCAUGGAAGAGGUUUUAAUCAUGGCUGCUUGUUCCAGCUCUCGCUCACACAAGCAGGAAAUCAAAGACACAGGCUGAUCUGAAGCAAAAUCAACCCAAAGAAAGAGCUGAAACAUACUGAAUAAUCCCACAAAGCACUGGGACUCCUGUGAGCGAGACGGGGCUCAGAGGUGCAGUUCUGAAAGAAACACACGUGUGACAGGGGAGACCGGACUGCCCGUCUGACGUACGCACAGUGCUGAGGAAGAGGGCGGCAGACCCGCGGGAUUCGCCUGUCAGUCACGGCGGUCACACAGAGGUGGGGAAGAGGGUGUGUGGGCUUUCCCUCUCUCUGAGUGGCUGGGACGCGGGUCCUAGAAAUGAAUACUUUGUUGUUUCCUCAGAUCUGCCCCUUUAGACCUGAACAACGAGCUCGCGGUCACGCUGCUCAGCAAGACCGCGGCCGGACGGGAGAAAAGCCCCUCACAGGACCGAACGAAACAGAGAGAAAGCAGGGAAAUCCUUGGGCAGACCCCGAUAGUGUUUUAAACCGAGCUGAGGAACAGCGACGUGUAGGACGGAGAGCGGCGACUGGGGAAACCCCCGCUGCAGAGUGCAGCACGUUUCUUUAGUCGUUUUCAUUACUGUGUUUUAUUUUUCGUUUUCAUUAUUCUUUGAGCACCUGCGAGUGCACCUGUUCUGUACUGUGUACCCUGCCCUGGUAUUCCACAGCAGGGGGGCGUGGUCUUCAAUGGAAACGCACACGGUUUUUUCAUCCCAAGUUUUCGUGAUGGUUUUUGUUCAAAGAUAAACGCAGGCCAGCAUCGUAUACAAACCAACAAGGAAUUAGACCUUUUAAGAUUCAUUUUUGUAUUUUGAGCGAUUCUUAUGGUUGAGAUUUUAUGUUGAAAUUCUAAAUAAAUAAAUAUUGAAACGA